AAAAAAACCCUCAACCAAGCAACUCUCCUCACCAUUUCAACAUCAUUACUCUAUUUUUAUUGCAAAAUAAGUUUAUCACAUUUUCUCAAAAAAAGAAAAGAAACUACUUUAAAAAAGAAAUGCACAUUGGAUACCAAAAUUUCUCUUUCAACUUUCUACAUACACAAAUUCAACUAAACCACAUACCCUCAUUAUUUAUUCUUUUUUUCAUGAUCAAGUCACUAUGUUUCUCAAACCCAUAUGCUUAUUGAUAUACCUUCUUUCUAUGCUCUCUCACUCUAUGUCUACUAUUAUCACUUAUAAAGUACAUUCUAUUAUCUGCUUCAUUUUUUCAAGCUUUUUCUCAUUCACCUUUGUCUCUUAUAUCCCCCACCCCCAUUAGCUUAAAAUAAACUUAUUUUGCCUUUAACGAAUAGCCUAUUUCACACCUCCUUUCUUUUUCUGUCUUAUCGACUUGUUGUGCGCGCAUUUCAUGUGCACAAAAGAAAGGGGACAAAGCGAACAUGCGCACACACACUUUGUCAAAUUUUGUGCUACAAAUUAUCUUUAUCACGCUGACCAAAUGCUCUCUUUCUCGUGUGACGCUGUAGGAUGUGUGUGGUCCAAAAUAGUAAUAAAGUCUUACAAACCUAUCGACGCCCAAGGGUCUUUUUUUUUUUUUUUUUUUUU